AUGGGGGGUACGGCUUUAGAGGACGACAAUGCCCCUCUUUUGGUGCCUACGAAUAAUGUCGUCGCAAACAGCGACCUGAACGGCUCAACUAUCAGCAAAGAUGCCGUGCAUUGUGGCAAUGGAAAUAUGUAUAAUGGCAACGCUACCAACAUCACAAACAAUAUCUACUACGGACAUUGCCCGGACCCCACAGCCCAUUUGCCCAAGCAGGCAUCAUCCCAGCCAAAGGACUGUUUCCAGCGGCACUGUCGAUAUAAUCAGAUUCUGUUAAUUGCAAUUCUUUGUCUUCAGAUCAUUCUGCUCUUUGAUUCACGCCGCGAAGAUGCAUAA